CCGGCCGCCGUGCGGCGCUUCCGGCGGCGGCUGGCGCGGCGGCGGUGGCGGCGGCGGCGGCUGCUCCGCCUCCACACGGGGCCUCAGCGGGACUCCCUCCGUUGGGAGAAAAGUAGAUGUCGAAGAAGGUCGCUGUCCUCAGAGAGCUCACGUGCUUGAGAGGGUCAAACGGGGCCCGAGGAGAUGGAGCACGGCAGAAGGAAGAAUCCCCAAAGAAGACAAACCUGGCAGUGUUGGGACACAGGUUACGCCUCUCUUAUACAGCUCUCCUUUGUAUGUCUUGGGGGUUUUCACUUUGUGCGAACUGACAUUUAAAGCAUCGUUUGUACAUAUUGAUGAAUGGACAGUGUAAGCUAACCAGCUGUAUGCCCCAAUAGCUGUUAGAUUAAGAUUUGCACAAGAAGGAGGCAGCUGACCAGCAGGUAAAUACUGUAGAGAAAAUAAAUAUAUGGAAAGAUAAGACAACGCUGAAGAAAAAAACAAGGAGACAAGUGUGCUUGAGCUGUUUAUUGAAGAUAUAAAAUGCUUUCUAUGGGGACUUUUGCUUCUGAUGCCAGGAUUCUGAAGAUUUACUUUUUUGCUUGGCUUACUGGAAGAUGAUUAAACAGUAUCAUUAAUGAAUCCUUCAGGAGGCUGGUGAUCAUUAUAUCGUGGGUGAAUGCUGUCAUGGACAACUUCAAAGGCUCUUUUUUGAAACACCACAAGCAGUUAAUGCACCUUAUAAAGGACUCCUGACCUUUUGCAGCUUCAUAACUCAUAUCUAGAUGUCACCAGUGUUUCCCAUGUUAACAGUUCUGAGCAUGUUUUACUAUAUGUGCCUUCGGCGCCGAGCUAGGACAGCUACAAGAGGAGAAAUGAACAGCCGGAGAGCUAUUGAGUCAAAUACCCGAGCCUUACCUAUCAAUGCUGAAAUCGUUCAGUAUGCCAAAGAAGUGCUGGAUUUCAGCUCUCAUUAUGGUAGUGAAAACAGCAUGUCAUAUACCAUGUGGAAUUUAGCAGGUAUUCCAAACGUGUAUCCUAGUUCUGGUGACUUUACUCAGACUGCCGUUUUUCGGACUUACGGGACCUGGUGGGAUCAUUGCCCCAGUGCUCGAUUGCCGUUCAAGAGGACGCCACCCACCUUCUGUAGCCAAGACUAUGUAGAACUCGCUUUUGAGGAGCCAGUUUAUCCUACAGCAGUGCAUAUUCUGGAAACAUAUCAUCCUGGAGCUGUGGUUAGGAUUUUGGCAUGCUCUGCAAAUCCUUAUUCACAAAAUCCACCAGCUGAAGUAAGAUGGGAAAUUCUUUGGUCUGAGGCACCUACAAAGGUGAACAGUCCACAGGCUCGGCAGUUCACACCUUGUAUCAAACAGAUAAAUUUUCCCACAAACUUAAUUCGCUUGGAAGUCAACAGUUCUCUUCUGGACUAUUACACCGAAUUAGAUGCAGUAGUACUACACGGUGUGAAAGAGAGACCUAUGCUUUCACUUAAGACUUCAAUGAUUGAUAUGAAUGAUAUUGAUGAGGAUGAAGAUGAUGAGAAGUAUGGCUGUGGAAUGGACGCUCUUAAUAAACAGUUCAACGCUGUUACCCUCAGGGAGUGGCCAACUAAUGGAUAUUUUGAUAAACUGCCUUAUGAGCUCAUCCAGUUGAUUUUGAGUCACCUUACGGUACCAGACCUGUGUAGACUAGCACAAACUUGUAAGCUACUAUAUCAACAUUGCUGUGAUCCUCUACAGUACAUUCAUCUCAGUUUACAACCUUACUGGGCAAGGAUUAAUGACACAUCUUUGGAAUACCUCCAGUCUCGCUGCACUCUCAUCCAGUGGCUGAAUUUAUCUUGGACUGGAAACAGGGGAGCCAUCUCUGUUUCUGGAUUUAGCAGGUUCUUGAAAGUUUGUGGCUCUGAGCUAGUGCGCCUUGAGUUAUCUUGUGGUCAUUUCCUCAAUGAAACAUGUUUGGAGGUCAUUACUGAACUGUGUCCAAAUCUUCAGGAACUAAAUCUUUCAUCAUGUGAUAAGAUACCACCUCAGGCUUUCAACCAUAUAGCCAAAGUGGGCAGCCUUAAGCGUCUCAUUCUUUACCGAACGAAAGUGGAGCAAACAGCACUGCUCAGUAUCCUGAAUUUCUGUUCAGAGCUUCAGCACCUCAGUCUGGGCAGCUGCGUCAUGAUUGAAGAUUAUGAUCUUAUAGCAAGUAUGAUGGGAGCAAAAUGCAAAAAGCUUCGCAGUCUGGAUUUGUGGAGAUGUAAAAACAUAACUGAAAGCGGAAUAGCAGAAUUGGCUUCAGGCUGCCAGCUUUUGGAAGAACUUGAUCUUGGCUGGUGCCCUACAUUACAGAGCAGUACAGGCUGUUUCACCAACCUUGCACGUAAACUCCCAAACCUACAAAAGCUCUUUCUUACAGCCAACAGGUCUGUGUGUGACACAGACAUUGAAGAGCUUGCUGCUAACUGUACUCAUUUACGGCAACUGGAUAUAUUAGGAACGAGGAUGGUAAGCCCUGCAUCUUUAAGAAGAUUGCUGGAGUCUUGUAAAGAUCUUUCUUUACUCGAUGUGUCCUUCUGUUCACAAAUUGAUAAUAGAGUUGUCCUAGAACUGAAUGCCAACUUUCCUAAUGUGUUCAUAAAAAAGAGUUUCACCCAGUGACUCGCUACAUAUGCUGCUAUGGAAUUCAUUUGACAAAGUUGUUCCCUCUGAAUUUGUGUUGACUUUUUUAAGAAGAACAUAAAUCCCCUAUGAAAUACUGGAAAGUAUUAAUUAUCUGCACAAAAUGGGUAAAAAUAUAUUUAAAUACAUUAUGCAUUUCCUAAAGAGUUGAUAUUGUACUUAGUAAUUGCUUUAUUCCUUGUUAAUUGGUGGCAUUGCAUGAUUUUAAAUAGUUGCCAUGCGUGUGGCUUUAGAAUCAUAGAAUCAGUAAGGUUGGAAGGGACCUCUGGAGAUCACCUAGUCCAACCUCCCCGUUCAGCAGGGUCACCUAGAGCAUGUUAGACAGGGUUGCAUCCAGGCGGGCCUUGAAGAUCUCCAGAGAAGGAGACUCCACAACCUCUCUGGGCAACCUGGGCCAGUGCUCCGUCACUCUCACAGGGAAGAAAUUCCCCAUCCCAUUCAGACAGAACUUCCUGUAGUUCAGUUUCUGCCCACUGUCUCUUGUCCUGUCACAUGGGAAUUAAUGAGAGGAAAAUUAAAAAUGUAUUCUUAAAGGUCCCUUUGUAGGGUGUUCUAGACGAUAAACUAUCCAGAUAAAAGCAGAAGUUAAAUAUUUAGCAGUAAGGAAAAGAUGGGUGCUUCCUUUUAUUUAUAUAUGUGUGUGUACACACGCAUAUAUAUACAUACACAAAUAUAUGUAUAUAUACACUGUAGCAUUUUAGUUUGACCUGUAGUCUAAGAUCUUAUUAUUGGCCUCUAAAGAGCUGUUUGAAAAAACUAUUUAAACUUGUAUAAGAAUGGAUUGAAAAGACAUUUCUUCUUCAUUUUGUUGGCAGUGACUUAUAUCUGAUACAUUUUUCUCCCUUCCUCCACCUGAAAUAGAUGUAGUGAUGUUUUACAGUCCAGCCUAAGCAACACAACAGAUAAACGCAAGAACUUUCCACCUGAACUUAUAGCAGAAAUGAAAGAGAAAAUUACCAGCUGCUUCUUGGUAUUGGAUAUAAAGUUUAAGCCAGGUACUUAGUGUCAUAACUGAUAAUUUGUAGAAAACUCCAAAACAAUUUUCUUUUCAAAUUUCUCUCAUGGUCAAGGAUAUGUUGAUUUGUGAUAUAUCUGCUUAUUAUGCAAAGUACCAUAAAAAUCAGUAUUUAGGAUAAUGCAUUGGCAACUGUCUCUUUUAUUAGAAUCAAAUCUACUGUCAAGUGUAAAAGCAAACAUUUUUGUUCAGUAAAGUAGCAAUGAAAAUACAGUGUUUAUGAAACAAGGGCAAUAUGAUUUGGUAACUUAUUAGCUUAAGGUGUUUGUUUUGUUUCUUGUUCUUUCCAAGAGAGGUGAUGGCUCCAAGUACUAUUGGACACUCUCUCUUUCUCUCUUUUUCUCUCUCUCUUUCCUUUUCCCUCCUUAACACUGUUUAACCUUUGGAGAAGGAAGGCUGUGUUGAUGGAUGAAUUCCAGAGCUUUCUUCCUAUUCCUCUUGCAAUUCCUUGGAUAGAGUUUUCCUCUUUUUUUUUUUUUUCUCUCUCUUUCUUGAUUACCACUGCAAGAAUAGUUGCUAUUUGCAGCCUGAGUUUAUAACUGUACAUUUUUAGCCAUUGGUGAAUGUGGACCAUGAAACGUGGCCUGCCAUUUGAAAUUGCCAUCAAGGCAGAAAUACUGGACCCACAAAUUUCUGAUUACCUGCUGGAAGAACAGGCAAAAUGUUUUGUCUGGCAGAAGUACCUUAUUACACCGAAGAUCACUGGCAGAGAAUACUUCAGUUUAUGCAGUAAAUAACCGUCUACUAGUAGAGGAGUGCUGUGAAUUAUUGAGGAUUUGGCAGUCUCUGACUCUUGAAUGAAUGCUGUGAAUUCUUUGUGCUGAUGCCAAUACUUUAUAAACCAUGUCAUGAGACAGCUACAGAACACUUACUAAUUUUAUAAAAAGACCUUUUUUUCUAAUUUUAAAAUUUACAGAAUCUUUUGAGAAUUCCAGAUCCAAAGAGGGGCAUGCACAAAUGUCUUUCCCCUACCCCUUCUCUCCACACAAAUGGCACUACAGGUUUUCCAGCUAGGUUAUGCCAUUCCAUUUCUUUCCCUAGAAACCUGGAAAUUCUUAGAAAUCUUGAAAUUUAGUUUUCUUCACUGACAGAUGUCAACUUUGGUAUAUUCUGUGCAAGACUUCAUUUCUUUCAGUCAGGUUUGGGUUGGUUUAUUUUUCUGGGAAAUUAAUUUUUAAUAUUUUUAUUUACAAGUAAUAUUAUAGUAACUGAGGAUUAAACAUUAUUGUCCUAGUUACAGGAGAAUAUAGAUUCAGACAAUGGGAGUUUACAAAUACUGAUAUUGUAAAAUAAAUGUGCUUAUUUUUGUGUUCUUUUUGUUGUGAAAUUUUACUUCUCAGGGUGCAUCUGUAUUUUUUAUCUCUUAAAGAUGCUUCUUGUUGGUUUUUCACUCUAAGUAUUCUGGGAUGUGGAUGAAGUGGUAUCCAUUGUGCCUUCAAACUGGUAAAGUAGGUGAAUAGUUAGUUUACUUCUGCAGCAUUGGUGAACUGUAUGAAAAAAAGGUAUAUUUACAGUCAUGUCUGUGUAUAUGAUAUAAUUCUAUGUUGCUAUUGAAAAAGCAUAAAGGAGGUUUAAAUUGAUAUUUGGUUGUUCAUACUAAAGUAUUUGUUUCUUAUU